CCCGCGCUCCGUGACGUAACUUGACGUGGUUGUUGUGUGUUCCUGCUUGGCUACGGCGGCUCUGCGGGGUCAGUCCGUCCUGCUAUGCGGUGUGUGUCCUGAUGACGAUGGGAGACGUUCUCUGCGAAGAGCUGGAGGAUUUAGUUCACUUCUCAGUGCACGACCUGCCGGCGCGCGGGUAUGUCGUCAUGGAGGAGAUCCGCCGCCAGGGGAAACUCUGUGAUGUCACUCUCAAGGUGGGGGAUCACAAGUUCAGCGCUCACCGCAUCGUGCUGGCCGCCUCCAUCCCGUACUUCCACGCCAUGUUCACCAACGACAUGGUGGAGUGCAAGCAGGACGAGAUCGUCAUGCAGGGCAUGGACCCCAGUGCUCUGGAGGCUCUCAUCAACUUUGCGUAUAACGGCCGGGUGGCGAUCGACCAGCAGAACGUUCAGUCUCUGCUGAUCGGCGCCAGUUUCCUGCAGCUGCAGAACGUGAAGGACGCCUGCUGCUCCUUCCUGCAGGAGAGGCUACACCCUAAAAACUGCCUGGGCGUGCGUCAGUUUGCCGAGACCAUGAUGUGCACGACGCUGUACGACUCGGCCAACAGCUUCCUGCACCAGCACUUUGUGGAGGUGUCGCUGUCCGAGGAGUUCCUGGGCCUCAGGACGGAGGAGGUGCUGGAGCUGGUCGGCUGCGACGAGCUCAACGUGAAGGCCGAGGAGCAGGUGUUCGAGGCCGUGCUGGCCUGGGUUCAUCACGACCGGCAGCAGCGUGAGGCUCUGCUGCCCGAGCUGCUCUGCAAGAUCAGACUUCCUCUGUGCCGGCCUCAGUUCCUGUCGGACCGCGUGCAGCAGGACGAGCUGGUCCGCUGCUGCCACAAGUGCAGGGACCUGGUGGACGAGGCGAAGGACUUCCACCUGAUGCCGGAGCGGCGGCCGCACCUCGCCGCCUUCAAGACCCGCCAGCGCUGCUGCACGUCCAUCACAGGCCUCAUCUACGCUGUGGGAGGACUCAACAGCUCAGGCGACUCCUUAAACGUGGUCGAGGUGUUUGAUCCAAUUGGAAACUUCUGGGAGCGGUGCCAGCCAAUGAGGACGGCGCGGAGCAGAGUGGGCGUGGCCGUGGUCAACGGGCUGCUGUACGCCAUCGGCGGGUACGACGGCCAAUCACGACUCAGCACGGUGGAGGUUUACAACCCGGAGACGGACAGCUGGACGCGAGUGUCCAGCAUGAACAGCCAGCGCAGCGCCAUGGGCACGGUCGUGAUCGACGGGCACAUCUUCGUGUGCGGCGGCUACGAUGGAAAAUCCUCCCUGAACUCAGUGGAGUGUUAUUCCCCAGAGACGGACAGGUGGACGGUGGUGAUGGAGAUGAGCGCCAGCCGCAGCGCCGCGGGCGUGACGGUUUUUGACGGGAGGAUUUUUGUCUCUGGCGGCCAUGACGGUUUACAGAUCUUCAACACGGUGGAGUACUACAACCACCACACCGACCGGUGGCACCCGGCGGCCGGGAUGAUGAAUAAGCGGUGCCGUCACGGCGCGGCGGUGCUGGGCAGCCACAUGUACGUGGCCGGAGGUUACGACGGCUCGGGCUUCCUCAGCGGCGCCGAGGUGUACAGCUCGGUGUCGGGGCAGUGGAGCCACCUGGUGGCCAUGAACACGCGGCGCAGCAGAGUGUCGCUGGUGGCCACGUCCGGAAAACUGUUUGCCGUGGGCGGCUACGACGGCCAGUCCAACCUCAGCUCUGUAGAGAUGUACAACGCCGACACCAACCACUGGACGUUCAUGGCGCCGAUGGUCUGCCACGAGGGCGGGGUCGGCGUGGGGUGCAUACCCCUCCAACCCGCCUAAACCGGCCAAUCACGGCCAAUCACGGCCAGACGAUUACAGAUGGGAUUUGCGACGGGCUGCGAGACUGUAGGAACUCAGUGCGGAAGAGGAAGCUCUCCUUUAUUUUUGCGAACGUUGAGCUUUAGCAGGUACGACGGCCGCCCCGAGCGCUCGGCGUGGACCAAGAGACGAUUAGACGCUAGUAGGGAGAGGCUCAGGCCUGUGGGAUCAUGGGUAAAAAACUGUAGAGUUCACCUUUGGGGAACUAGCUGGCAUUCUGCAAUUAGCAAGUGUGUGGACUGACAAAUCAAAUAUUAAAUAUUGAUUUUAUACUUGA